GAGGAGGAAGGAUCCUGAGGCUAUUUGUAGAGCGCUGAAUGGGUUGUGUUGCGAAUUCAGUCGUUGUGGCGCUCAGCAAGUGAUAUCAUAUAACCGACAGUGACCUCAACAGCCGUGUAAACAAGUUCUCAUCAUUUCACAGGUGUAUAUAAAUUGUUCCUUGAUUGAUAGUUAACAAUUUGAUACUACAUAUGGCGGGAUUAAACAGCCGAAUAAUCGGCUUUGUAUUUCUAUUUUAUCACUUAUGCCACGUUAUUAUUUCAGUUGAGAGCCGUAGUGAAAUAAAAGAAAAUCAGAACUCUAACAAAGUAGCAUUUAAAUGUUCUAGUGAAGGAUUUCAUGCCCAUCCGUCAGAUUGUACAACAUUUUAUAGAUGUGUUAAUUUAGGUACUGGGUCUACGUUCACGAAAUUUCAGUUCCAAUGUUCCCCUGGAACUGUUUUUGAUCCCGAAAACUCAGUUUGUGUCCAUCCAUCGUUUUCAAAUAGAGAAGAAUGUAAAAAUAUACAAUUCAGUAGCCCAGAACCUGAACCAAAUGUAGAUGAGACCAACAUCUCAUGGAAUUCAUCGCCCAAUGAAGCAUCAAAUCCAACUAGUACUAAUUUUCCAAAUUAUAUUAAUUACGGUUCUAAUCCCGAUGAAUAUGCAGCCCAACCAUCUUCAGUUUAUGAUUAUGGAAAACCACAAAAUGGAUAUUCACAACAACAAUCAUAUGCUAAUCAACAGUACUCUGCUUAUGAACAGUACCAAUCGAGUUCUUUGCCAAAUAAUUAUUUUUCUCAACAGUACGAACACCCGAAUUCUCGACCAAACUAUUAUCAAUAUCCACAAUCUAUCUAUCCUAAGCCUUCAGCUAUGCCCCAACAAAAUUUAAAUCAACCACCACCCUCAGGAUAUUUAACACAAGCCCAGCCAAAUAAUAAUAAACCAAUUCAAUCUAAUAAUGGCCAAACUGAAAUUGACAAAGAAUCACCUCAAUCAAACUAUGAAUCGACUUUUUCUACCAACAGACCGAGUCAGUCUAAUUAUGGCUCAACUCAGUCAAAUAAUGAAAUACCACAAAUAAACAACAAUGGAUCACCUCAAUCAAAUAAUAGUCCUUAUCAAGUACCUUCACCCUCACAACCUAGUUUCAAUCAGCCAAUUCAACCUGGUGUUAACGAACAACAAAAUUCUGCUUCAUCUGUUUCUGAACCAAAUGUAAAUGAACAAUCUACUAUUCAACCAAUUCAAAGUAUAUCUAAUAACACAGAUUGUACAUCUGAAGGAUUUUUCCCAGUAAAAGAAAAAUGUAAACAAUUUUACAGAUGCGUAGAUAAUGGUAAAGGAUCGUUUACCAAAUACAAUUUUGAAUGUGGACCUGGUACAGUAUGGGAUUAUAAUCAGAAUGCUUGUAAUCACGCAAGUGCAUCUGGACGAACGGAUUGCAAGCCAGAAAUAGAUAAUGGUUCAAGUGACCCAGAACCCACAUCUACUGAAAACAAUGCGUCAUCAACGGAAAGCAAUAAUAAUGAAACUGAUAACGAAGUACCAAAUGAAACUUCUGUAAAUGGUUUAAAUGCAGAAAAUGGACCCAAAUGUAUAUCUGAAGGAUUUCAUCCAUACAGUAAAGGAUGCAGUAAGAAAUUUAUCAGAUGUGUAGAUAAAGGUGAUGGCACGUUCAUUAAAUAUGAAUUUGAAUGUGGUGAAGGUACUGUAUGGGAUAGUAGUCAAAAUACUUGCAAUUAUCCAGGUGAGGCUGGAUGUGAAUCACCAACUUCGGUUACUCCAUCAACUUUACAGUCUGAUUCAACUGUUUCACAACAAAUUACUACUUCAAAUCAAUGGUCCACAUCAUCAUCAUCUAGUUCUUCGUCAAUGUCAAGUUCUAGCUCAAGCUCCAGUUCUAAUAGUUCAUCAAGCAGUCAAUCGUCAACUACUUCAAUUUUUGGCGAACAAUCAAAUACAGGAAAUAAUUGGCAAUCAACUUCACAAGGAUCUUCAUCUAAUAAUCAAAAUACAGCUACAACUGCAACUAUGAGUCAAGGAUCAAGCCAAACAACAAAUUCAAACAACAACCAACAAUCGACAAAUUCUGGUUUCAAUCAAACUACUAAUAACGGAUCAAAUCAACAAACGACAAACAGUGGAUCUAACCAACAAACUACUAAUAACGGAUCAAAUCAACAAACGACAAACAGUGCAUCUAACCAACAAACUACUAAUAGUGGAUCAAAUCAACAAACAACAAACAGUGGAUCAAAUCAACAAACGACAAACAGUGGAUCUAACCAACAAACUACUAGUAGUGGAUCUAACCAACAAACAACAAACAGUGUAUCUAACCAACAAACUACUAAUAGUGGAUCAAAUCAACAAACAACAAACAGUGGAUCUAACCAACAAACUACUAAUAGUGGAUCAAAUCAACAAACGACAAACAGUGCAUCAAAUCAGCAAAUUUCAAAUCAAGGAAAUACUCAAACAAGUAAUAAACCCACCAAACCAAACUCUUCUACAUUCAAGCCAACCACUCCAAUGACAACUACUAAGAAGCCCAUUACUUUUACAACUACUAAACCUAAUAGCCAAACAGCAACUAUAAAACCAUCAAUACCAACAACACAGAAAGUAACAACGAGUACAAAGCCUUUAAUAACUAAGCCUAUCACUCAAACGUCGACUAAACCAACACCAUCAAGUAGCAACCCUAAUACUAAUAAACCAAAUAUGUCUACAAUUAGUUCUUCGACUCCAAAACCAACAAAAAUACCAGAUUCUAGUUCAACAACAAAGGUGCCACCUAGUACAAGUGUUUCCUCAAUAUCUUCAGAGAAUACAGCAACUACAAAUAAUGUAUCAAAUAAACCAGACACUUGUACUUCGGAAGGAUUUUUCCCCGAUACUAAAGUUUGUAACAAAUUCUAUCGAUGUGUUAGAAAUGGAAAUGGAUUCACUAAAUACAACUUUAAUUGCGGCCCAGGAACAGUGUGGGAUCCCAUAAAUAAUGUAUGUAAUCAUCCAUGGGCAGUCGAUAGAGAUUGUUCAAAUAUAACUUCCUCAUCAGAAAAUCAGUCAAAUAUAAGUCCAAGUUCAGAAAGUUCAAUAUCAAGUCAAACCAAUUCACCUGAAUCUAUUAGCUCAAAUCAGUCACCUUCUCAAACUACAAACAAACGCCCAACAUCUCAAAAACCAACUACUACAAAUAAUAAGCCUUCCUCGCAGACUACACCCAAUGAACCAUCUUCUCAAAAACCAACUACUACAAAUAAUAAGCCUUCCUCGCAGACUUCACCCAAUGGACCAUCAUCUCAAAAACCAACUACUACAAAUAAUAAGCCUUCCUCGCAGACUUCACCCAAUGGACCAUCAUCUCAAAAACCAACUACUACAAAUAAUAAGCCUUCCUCGCAGACUUCACCCAAUGGACCACCUUCCCAAAAACCAACUACUACAAAUAAUAAGCCAUCCUCGCAGACUACACCCAAUGGACCAUCUUCCCAAAAACCAAAUACUACAAAUAAUAAGCCUUCCUCGCAGACUUCACCCAAUGGACCAUCUUCCCAAAAACCAACUACUACAAAUAAUAAGCCAUCCUCGCAGACUACACCCAAUGGACCUUCUUCCCAAAAACCAACUACUACAAAUAAUAAGCCUUCCUCGCAGACUUCACCCAAUGGACCGUCUUCCCAAAAACCAACUACUACAACUAUAGAAUCUUCUUCGGUAACACUAACAGAAAAUAUAUUAUCUACAACUUUGUCGCCUCAUGAACAAACUUCUACUACAAACAAUGAGACAUCAACUACUCAAAGUAGUUCAAACAAUGCUACUGCACCAUGCAAUGUAACACAAAAACCUCAAACCAAAAUAACAUGUAAUAAAAGUGGAUUCUAUCCUCACCCUGAUGACUGUAAAAAAUUUUAUAGAUGUGUUGACUGGGAUGGAGAAAAGGGCCAACGUUUUUCAGUAUAUCAUUUUGAUUGUCCAUCCGGUACUAUAUUCGAUCCAAGUCUAGAUACAUGUAAUCACGAAACGUCAGUUUACCCUCCAAGAAUUUGCUCUGGCUCCAGUGGAUCCCAAACCAUUCCAGAUAGCAAUACAACAGAUUCUCCGUCGACGACUUCUGAACUUACCACGAUUUCUGAAACAAGCCCAGCAAUAUCAACUUUUUCUCCUACAGAAACUACUGAUCCAUCGGAACCAGAUAAAAAUCCCUCAACCACAACAUCUGAAACAGAAUCGACAACAAACAGUCAAACAGAAACAAAUCCAACUACAUUAAAUCCAUUUGAAACAAAUCCUACUACAGCUAAUCCUGUAGAAACAAAACCUCCCAUUACAGAUUCAUCAGAAACAAAUCCAACAACAAUUGAUGCAUCUGGAACUAAUCGACCAACAGCUAACCCAAUAGAAACUACCCAACCAGAAACUAACCCAACUGAAACUAACCCAACAGAAACUAACCCAACUGAAACUACCCAACCAGAAACUAACCCAACAGAAACUACCCAACCAGAAACUAACCCAACAGAAACUACCCAACCAGAAACUAGCUCAACAGAAAUUACUAAACCAGAAACUAACCCAACAGAAACUACUCAACCAGAAACCAAUCCUACAACAGAAUCCUCUAUUACCACAUUAACUCCUGAUAAUUCAAAUAAGUGUCCAGAAUUAGAGCCGAAUCAAGUAGCGCUAGUUUGUCCAACUGGAUUUAGAAGACAUCCUAAUAACUGUAAUCUUUUCUACCAGUGUAGUAUAUCAAACAAUGAUAUAAAGGUUCUAGUAUUAGCUUGUACAAAUGGUACAUAUUAUGAUCAGAGGAAAAUUCAAUGUCUACCACCUAAUGAAGCUGAAUCGUGUUCAUCAAGUAAUAACAUAGAUGUUCGUUCAGGACUUCUUGGCGAAUCGACACAAACAAUUCAGAUUGAGCCAUAUCAACAGCUAUGUCCAUCUGAAGGUAUAUUUGGAUCACCAAACGACUGCCAGUCAUUCAUUAAAUGCUCAAAAACCGAUAAAAAUACAUUAAGUGGACAAUUAUAUCAAUGUCCUGAAGGACAAAGUUUCUGGGAAAGCACCAAGAAAUGCGAGCAAAAUCGUAAAAUCUCUAUGUGUAAUAAGCUAGGUCCAAAGGUAAAUUGGAAAACCAGUUUAGCACCAAUGCUUGAAGAAUUCUAAAGAUCAAUAAAAAAGAAUAAUCCGCUCAAUAAUUAAGUACAUAAUAAUGUUUUUAAAAUAUUGUUUUAAAUAACUCUUCGAGUGUAAAUUACUUAUUUUGAAAAAUGUUUCAAAAAUUUUUU